AGAUAACCACAAUAACGGGAGGGACAACAAGUCCUGGAGGACAGAACAGGGAACACUUCAGAACUGGCAUCAUUGGAGAAAGGUGGAAAAUUUUACUACGUAAACGUGAAGAUUAAAGAAGAACUUUUUUGCUGCUGGGUGUCUCUGGCAGAAGACAUGUACAAUUCUGUAUCCAAUGGAGGCUCCAAAGGAGAAUGGGGAUCAACUGAAGAGUGCCCGAUGGGUCUAAGGCAGCAGGCUUCAAUCUGAAAGUGAAAUUUUAAUGAAGGUGGACAGGGAUCUGGUGACAGCGGACACCACGGGGGUCAACUCCAUUUACUUGCUCUGCACGGAUCCUUACUCUGGAAACUUUGUUGGUACCGUAUCCUCCAGUAAAGGAGAGCGUCUCUGGCAGAAGACAUGUACAUUUCUGUAUCCAAUGGAGGCUACAAAGGAGAAUGGGGAUCAACUGAAGAGUGCCCUGAAGGGUCAAAGGCAAUGGGCUUCAAGCUACAAGUGGACAGAAAGCUGGUGACAGCGGACACCACGGGGGUCAACUCCAUUUACUUGCUCUGCGCGGAUUCUUCCUCUGAAAACGUUGUUGGUACCAUAUCCUCCAGUCAAGGAGACUUCGGUAACAUGGGACAAGAACUGAAGUGUAACCUGGGAUCAUAUCUGGUAGCCUUCUGUCUGAAUGUUGGAAAAAGGCUUCUUGAUUACAUUGGUGUCGCCAACGUCAAGUUCAAAUGCUCAGAUGGGAUGAUCCUAACGGGAGAUGGUUACGACUGGGCGACCUGGGGUGCAUUCAGUGAGGAAUGUCCAAAUGGAAUCAGAGGCAUCAAGUCUAAACGGGAGAAAUAUCAGGGACCUUGGAGGGACGACUCUCAGCUGAAUGAUGCCAGUAUGCUGUGCUAUUAAUAAGGAAUAAACCCGAUUCCUGUAUCAGUACCUUCCGCAGUCAUUCUGUUAGUGCAGUUACAGCAUUUACCCAAAGGGGUUCAUUCGAAAUUCUUUAUAUAUACAUAUAUAUAGUGCACAGAUCUUACACAAACCUAUAAAGUUGUAUUCAGUUAGUAGCGCCCACUAGAGGCCAUUCGUAUAUUGUAUUUUGCAGCAGAAAUUUCUCAGUCUUUUCUCAACAAUCACAAAGCUUAUCUAUCCUAAAAUUCUGAAUAAAAUUUUCA